AUGAGUGCACUCAAUUCGACCACGAUCGUGGCACCGACCACCACGGUGGUGCAUAUCACUGAUCUACUACCUCGCCUCCACAAACCGGACGAACCGGUGUCCGCGGCCGGUGCAGCCACGAUCGCAGGUUUUUUGCCGGCCACCCACGCCACCUCCGGGGUUAGCAUCAUGCCUCCCGCGAUACCGUCACCGCUGUUCAUGCCGAACGGUCCCUCGUCCGAUGGGACGGUUAACGCCGUGGUGGACGAAGGCGGCGUGGCUAACACGGUCAGCGAUGCGGUCGGCAGUCAUUCGUCGGCGGCGUUGCUAUCCCACCCGUCCAGUGCCGCGGCCAUGCUGAACCGGUUGCUCUCGGUUUCGGCGCAACUAGCGCCGACGGGUGGAACGGUGAUGGCGAUGCCCGGAAGCAAUGGUCCAAGUAGCGGUAGCAGCAGCUCCGGGCACAAAAAGUGUCCGUAUCAUCGGCAGUGCUCGCGGAGCCAUCAUCAUCUGCAUCAGCAUCACCUGCACCAACAACAGCAUCAGCAGCAGCAGACGCAUCUCCAGCCAUCGGGCAACAUUCAAGGACACCCGUACGCGGCCGCCUGGAACCGGUAUCGUAAUGGCGGUUCCCCGGUCGCCUACCCCCAGCAGCGCGAUGCCAUUUCGACGAACGUUUCGCCGCCACCGCCGAACGCGGUCCUACUUGCCGGUCGCUACCUGAUGAUGGAGGCGGUCGAAGGCAACAAUCUGUACCACUGCUGCGACAUCAAAACGCGCGGGGAGCUCGUGUGCAAGGUUGCGAAUAAUCCCUGCUCGAACCUGCUGACGGCACACUUCCGGCUCGAAGGGCACCCGCACGUCAACCCGCUGCACAAAGUCAUCCAAGACAACAACAAGACGUAUCUGCUGUUCAACCCGUCGGAGGGCGAUCUGCAUUCGUACGUGCGCGUGCGGAAACGACUCCGUGAACCGGAAGCGCGCCGACUCUGCCGUCAAAUGUGCGAAGUAGUCAAGAGCUGCCACGAGCAGGGCAUCGUCUUGCGUGAUCUCAAGCUGCGGAAGUUUGUAUUUGCGGACCGCGAAAGGACGCACCUGAAGCUGGAAUCGCUGGAGGACGCGGUGGUGCUGGACGACCCGACCGAGGACCUGCUGCAGGACAAACGGGGCUGCCCCGCCUACGUGUCGCCGGAAAUCCUCCGCGCCAACACGACCUACUCGGGCAAGGCGGCCGACAUGUGGUCGCUGGGCGUGAUUCUCUACACGAUGCUGGUCGGAAGGUAUCCUUUUAACGAUUCCGAGCACGCGUCACUGUUCGCAAAAAUCAGCCGUGGCCAGUUCACGGUGCCAGAGUGCCUAUCGUCGAAGGCCCGCUGCAUGAUCCGGGCGCUGCUCCGGCGGGAUCCGGAGGAGCGUAUCGCAUCCGAGGACGUCCUGUACCAUCCGUGGCUGCUGCACGACGACAGCAAGGAUCACGCGUAUGGUUCACUAUCGAACGGAGGCGGCAGUGGCAGCCGGUCCAACGAUGAUCACUGUGUUCCGGAGUGGUUCGAUCCGUCGGAGGAUGCCGAUUCCACGCGGACUAACCACACUAACGGGCGAGAAUCCGGCUUCGAUAGCAAUUCCCUCUAAGGAUGACACAAAUCCGCAUCUGCAACGACGACGAAGAUAAAUUGUCUCCCGCCACACUCACACUGGCAUAUGUAUAAGAAAGGAUUGCCCAUGGGUCAUCGCUGUGAUUAAAUACAUCUGUGAGAAGGAAUAGGUGGAGCUCGCUCAACGAAGCACGGAACAACGGGAUGAGUGAACUACUGUCGAGUCGCAGGUGUACAGACAAAAGCGACCAUGUUCUUUCUCACCCGUUGAAGCUUCUCUGUGCAGGACACAUACUGAACAAACAAGGACCGACCACUAAGGGCGUUACGGGGGAGCAGCAACAACUUACCUAACAAGCGCGCCAUUAACGUUACAUUAUCAAACCAGCAAAACGAUAUGUUCGAAGUUAAUCGUUUGCGGAAACAGAAAAAAGGACACGUACGGAUCAGGGAAUCCUUCCGAUCAACCUUACUGUGUAAAACCACGGUCGGCAGUAUUCGUUUCCCUACCUUACCUUUUGUUUUUCCUUCGUACAAAUCGCACCGAGGUAUAGUUUUCCUUUUCUCUAGCUUAUCCGUCAAUGGUAAACAAAGAGGUAGCGUGUAAAAACGACCGGAAGCAGGGAGAGAGAGAGAGAGACAGGAGGGCGAGUUAGUAGUAACUAUUUAUAUAUGAAGGACAACAAGUCCGGACGGAUGUGUGUAGCGUGUAGGCGUAGCGAUUAGAUGGCGCUCAAAGGAAUCGAUGCUGCGGUCCAACACAAAUUACCCGGUAGGUAGCUAGGAUAUUAUUUGCAGCACCUUCAGCGAUGUCGUCCGUUUUUCUUCCUCCUCUUGAUUCGUGUUGAUUUUUUUUUAAUUCCUUCGCCAAUGUGUGCAAUCUAUGGAUUCGUUUUACUUUAAUGUUUAUACGCCUAGAACAUAACAAUGCCUGUCCGGUUUCUGCAAAACGAAAAGCUCCUUCCAUGCAUUACUUUUACUUUUUCUUCCUCUAUUUUUUUUCGUACCAUAAAAAUAACUAUGCGAUAUAUUGUGGCCGAAUUCGUUGCCGGGUGUAAUGUUUGUUAAUUUAUAACAAAUAUCCAUUGCCAUCCCCAGAGUGAACAUUACUAGAAGGGCAACAUUUACCCAAGCAGAUGUGUAUAUUAAAAAAGCGAGCGAGGAAUACGAACAAAACACCCAGCAAAAGACGUUGCCCGUCCUGGGAUUGGGGGACGACGAUAAAGUGGAACAAUUUUUAAGAGCAGCAUAUAAAAGCAUGCAUUGUGAUAGCGGGGAAAUGACGAUGAUAGCAGUACGGCCAUCUCCCCACCGCCGUGUACCGUAAACGUGUCCCCUUUAUCCCAUCCCAUCCUAGGGAGCGCAUCGUUUUGCUGUUGGGGUCGUAAACCGCCGCACUUCGAAAACAGACAGAGGCGCGCCUCUUUCGCGUACACAUUCAAACAAGCCCACGUGUUGCAAACGCCAGGCCAUCCAAUCUAAAUGAUCUAUUGUGAUCUAAAGCUGAUCCAUGUGCUGGCUGAUGUUGGCCCGAUCGAGCAAACAGAAGUGUACAUUUUUUUCGCUUAUAAGUUUCCUCUUCCUUACGGUUAGUGCACCACCCACUUUGGAGCAAAAAUAAUUCAAAAAUGCAUAUAUAUAGACCUAUCACAUAGUAACAUAACAAUUUGACCGUUUACGUGUAAAGAAGUAGCUUAGGGAUGUAUCGUUACGAAAGAGAUUUUGCAAUUAACAUGAGUACUACAAAUCUUCCAAACGAAGGGAAAAGAAAUUUUUUUUUCUGCCACUACAUAUUACAUAGAGAUAUAUGAAAUAACGAAAUGUGUAUCUUCCCACGUGUUUAUAACUAACGUGUUAAGUGUAGAAGUGUGUCGACCAGCCACGCAAUAUGUUAGAACGCCCUGUGUUCCGCAUGGGGUAGUACAAAUCGCGUCGCAGAACCGGGUGGGUACGCAGGAUGCAAAGGAUUGCGGACCCGCGAGUGUUGUGAUGACCUCUGCAUCUUACCUCCCCCCACCCCCUCCGGGCGGAAGGUAGUGUAGACAGAAAAGAGGGGGUUCGUUCGCGGAUGAGAUAUUUAAAAGAGAAACUGUUUUAUUUUGUUAUUUUCAAGCGAUUGUUGUAAAAGCAAUGGAAAACGUGAACUAUUGUGUACAAACAAAGCUGACACAACAAAGGUGGUGAAAUCGGAAAGAGAAAAUGGCGAAAAGCGAUACAGGAACCCUUAGUUAUUAUAGCUACGAUACACGGACGGAUGUUAGCCUAA